CCUAAGUUACGCGUCUCGUUUCGUCGCAACGACCAGCCCGCACGCACGCGACCACACGUUUCCUGCCCUGCUGCCAUUGGCAAAGUCCGAACACACUUGCUGCGACCACCACGUCCGCACCGCAGCGAGCAUGACGCACCUCGACGCCUUCCUCCAGCAGGGCCCCGUCGGCGGCGAUCACGUCGCGGGCUUGGAAGAGCUGCGGCGCGUCAUUCUGCUGGAUGGCAUACCGGCCAACAGCGAGGGCAUGUCCGAGCUGCGCAUCUACGUAUGGCUGAUCCUCCUCAACGCGCCGCCUUGGAAUACCGACGGCUACCUGGACCUCGUGAAACUGGGUGCCUCGCCCGCAUAUUCGAAGAUCCGGAACGAUACUUUUCGAACUUUGACCACCGACCCUCUCUUCCGCCGGCGUGUCACUGAGAACAGCCUCACGCGCGUGCUCAAUGCCGUGGCAUGGAAACUCAACGAUGCCGACGAGUCUCGAAGAAGUGGCUACAUGUCGCCACCCACCCUAGGCGUCCCAAAGAGCCUCGAUGGGAAUGAAGCGCACUCCCCAGGCUCAGUCAGUACCCGAGAUACACUAGGCUCGGUGGCAUCAGUCACCGACGCCAGUGAGAUAGGCGAUGCGAGCAAAACGCAUAUCGGCUAUGUGCAGGGCAUGAAUGUCAUGGCAGCACCAUUCCUGUAUGCUGCGCGCAGCGAGGCAGAAGCUUUCGCCGCCUUUACUCGCUUCAUCACAAAUGAAGUGCCUGGCUAUGUCCGCGGAAGCAUGGAAGGCGUACACAAAGGCCUUGCUCUGAUCGACCAGAUUUUGGCUAUUGUCGAUCCUAAGCUGGCAUCUCACAUGGCCUCCAAGGGCAUGAAGGCUGAGAUUUACGCAUUCCCUAGCGUGCUCACACUUUGUGCUUGCACGCCUCCGCUUCCCGAGGUGCUUCAGCUAUGGGACUUUCUAUUCGCCUAUGGGCCUCAUCUCAACCUGUUAUGCAUCGUCUCGCAACUCGUGCUGGCACGAGAAUCUCUUUUGAACAGCGUUUCGCCUAAACCCGACUUCAAGCCAUUGAGAGCCAGGCAGGUCAUUGACUACACUGUCAAUUUUGUCCGCAAGAUUCCGGAUGACCUCUACGAACAGAUGCUUCUACACGCAAAGUGAGGUCUAUAUUGACACCAUGGCUCUGCAUGAAGGGGCAUGGAUUGCGCAUGUUACCUGCACCGGUUCGACGUCUG